AUGGUGGGCAACCUACGGCCCGCAGGCUGCAUGCAGCCCAUCAGGGCGGCGUUCCAUUGGGGAGAGCGCGAGCCACGGGGAGAGUGUAACCAACAGAACGGGGGCAGCCGCCGCCGCCGCAGCAGCAGCGACACGCCGCCGGGCUGCGAAGGCACCGAGCUGCCAUCGCCUUGUGCAGCCGCCGCCGCCGGUCCCGAGUGCAGCAGCAGCGUAGCGAUUCCUGUGCGACUCCCCCUCCCCACGCCCCCUCCCCUGCUGCAGCCUUUCCCCCUCCUCCUGCUGCUCCCCGUCCCCUCCCUCUAUUUUUCUCUGCAAAGACUUUGGAGGCAGCUGGGUUUUAAGCCAUCGACAUGUGAGGUGCGUCUCCGCGGGUGCACAUUCCUAACCGCAGAAAAUAACCCUCCCCCUCCAUCAUCAGCAAAUCCAGCCCCCACCCCACCCCCCUCCACGUCCCACUCUGCCCCGAGCCCCAGCGGGCUGGGGAGGCUGCAACGAAAGGGGAAGGAUCAAAAGUUGCUGGCGAAGAAGGGUGUGAACGGAAUGUCUGUGGAUGAGAAGACUGAAUCCCCCAUGUAUGUGUAUGAGUCAACAGUCCAUUGUACCAAUAUCCUCCUGUGCCUAAAUGACCAGCGGAAGCAGGAUAUUCUCUGUGAUGUGACUUUGAUUGUGGAGGGGAAAGAGUUUCGAGCCCACCGGGCUGUGCUGGCUGCUUGCAGUGAAUACUUCUUGCAGGCGCUGGUUGGGCAGACGGAAAAUGACCUGGUUGUCAACCUGCCAGAGGAGGAAGGUCUUCAGAUCAUUGUAACUAGAAUUGGAGAGAAGAAAAGACCUACCGGUACUCUCUCUUACAGUUGGAGAAGAAGAAAGGGUGUUGCAUCUUGGAUGUCUGCAGAACACUUCCAGGAUAUAGACUCAUAG